UCAUUUUAAUUUUAUAUGUUAAUAUUUUUAUAUUAGAAAUAUAUUCAUUAAAAAUAAAUAUAUUAUAUAUUAUAUACUAAUUUUUAUAAUAAUUUUAAAUAGUAUACUUAUACUUAUAUGGUUCUACCAAUCAUCUAAUUAUACAAUUUAGCAAAAGCAUACAGCUUCUGCAAUAUACUGUUAUUGCUAAUGCUAAUGUUUUACCAAUCAAGUUCUCGAAGACGAAAGACUUUAAGGUAGUUGUGUUUAUGUUUGCUUUGUUUUUAAAUUAUUUUUAGUUUCUGUUUUCCUAUACACAAAUUUAUUGUCUCUAAAACUUAGCGAGAUACAUAUAUAUCAUAAAAGUUUACUUUUACCAAAAAAAUCAUAAAAGAUUACAACGACCAGUUCAAACACGUUUAUCAAUAAGUGCAAUAUAUUUAUCAUGGUUAGUUGGUUACAAGUUACAACUAUGCCAACGUUUCAGAGUCGAAACAGAUUUUUGUUUUUUAUUCGCCGUGUAAACGAUAAGAAAGGAAGAUAAAAAAAGAGGGAGCCGCUGAUAAAAAAACGAUGAGAGGGGAGCCUGUCACUUUCCAUGUGCAACCCACAGACGUGAAACCGCGACCGUUCGAUUUUUCUUCGUAGUGACCAGCUGCUUCGCUAAUUCAGCGGCAGAUGAUAUAACGGAACAUAUUUACCAAAUCUCGUUGGCAACAAGUUGUUUUUUUUUAAUUUUCUUCAAAAACAACUUGUUACUUUUUCUUUCUCUCUCAACAGGCAAAAAUUAAAAAAACAUAUAAAUAAAGUUAACCAAAAAAUAUAUAAUUUCUUUGCAUCUCUUUAGUGAGAAAAUAUUUCUUUCAUCUUUUUUUUUUUAACUAUUCUUUCGUCUUCACGUAUCAUUUUCGUACGACAACAUUACAUCACAAAAUGUUUGGUCACUGCAUUUGCAUUUUACAUCCACUCUGAGCAUAUUUUUUUCUCACCAUUACUUUCUAUUAUUGAUUAAUAUUUAUUGCAUUUGUUGGACCUGUUACAAAUUAUAAUUUUUGGCAGUAUAAACACACAAAACUGAUUAAGGUGGCAUCAACAACUAGGUCUUCUUUGGCAAGCAAUGUGGCGCUAGUCUAAUGUUCAAGGAAGAUUUAACGCCUAUCAAAUUUUAAUUUGUAAAAUGUACCUUUGGCUCAAAAUAAUUUUUAUAUACAGCUUUUUUAUUAGUAGAUAUAUCAUACUCCCUCCGUUUCAGAAAAUUUAUAUUCUAGAAAAAAAAUAUUGUUUCAAAACAAUAUAUUUUUAAUUUUUUCGAUGUAUUAUUUAAUGAAAAAUGUAAAAAUUUUAAAAAAUAAUGGUGUUUAUUGAAUUUUUAUUGGUUAAAAUUUAUGGAAAUUGUUAUUCACAAAAAAUAAUGCAUUUGCAAUCAAAUUUUAAUGUGUUUUUUUAAUAUAUGUGAAAAGUCUAAAAUAUGUAUCUUUUUGAAACAGAAGGAGUAUAAAAGAGUGAAAAUAUUAUUUGGCAAUUGGAACCUAUUAAAAUUUACUAAAAUCAUUUGUUUAUGGUGAUAUAGUAUUUGACUAAUUUGGUCAAAAUCGAUAUAUUUGAGUGGUUUUGGCUGUUUAAGAAACCUUUAUUUAAAAGAGAUUAUAAGUAUUGCAUGCGUGGUGUUAAAAAAAAAGUAUUGCAUGCGUUAAGGUCUAAAAGAUUUAAAAAAAAAUGAAUGCUGAUGUAAUCAUAUUAUAUCAAUAGUCUUGACUAGAUUAUAAAAUAUAACUGUAAACCAUCUAUUUUAAAAUAUCUCUCCGGGUGAUGCGAAAGAUGGAAAAGGAUUCACAUGUCUCUCUUCUGACAUGCACGAACCAAACAAAGUCCUUAAUAUUAUUUUCUUUCGUUUUAACACACUUCGUUAAAAAAUAAAAACCUCACUUUGACCACAACCUUUCUCUACAUAUACAUUUUCAGUCUCCUCCUCUCUCAUCAAAUCACACGAUACUCUCUCACUAACGACUUAAAAAGCUAAAACAAACCUCUCAACACCCUUGUAACAUCUCUCCCUCAAACUAAAAAAAAUGGCAGAAACAGCAACAUCAUCGCCAUUGAAACGCCAAAGAGACGAGCAAGAACAAGAAACCAUACCCCACGAAGAGUCAAAACGACAAAAGACUUCUUCAUCAUCUACCUCGUACAAUGAAGUUCAAUGUCUCCUAGAUAAUGUAGAAGCACAAAAUGAAGCAGACAGUGAUCUAACUUCCCUAAUCACCACACUUCAGCAAGAAAUCUCAACAGAAGAGAAAAACGUUGCUGUUUUUGAGAAUCCUCCUCUCUCUUCUUCUUCUUGCUCCUCUUCGUCGUCUUCAUGCGCUCCAAAGGAAGAAGAUUGCGAAAGUGACAAGGAGAAAGUGAUGAAACAUCUUUUAGAAGCUUCCGAUGACGAACUCGGGAUACCUAACACUGAAACUGGCGGGAGUAACUAUGAGAUAGUUAACAGUGAGACUAAUCAGGAUUACAUUAAUGGGUUUAGUUUACUAGAUGGGUUUGGUGAUGGGCUUUGGGAGCUUGAGGAUGAAGUUGCUAACUAUUACACGCUGCUGCAGUCAGAACUGUUCAUGUAAAAGUCCUUAAGGGUAAAGUAGAGAAACAGAAAAAAAAGACGAUGGGUAUAAAGGAAAAUUAAAGAAAAUAUAUGAUGAAGAAGAGAAAAAUAAAAGAACAGGAUAUUUUCUUUUAUGGAAUUUAUUUUCAUUAUUGCAUUUUUCUUUUUUUUCUUUCCAUGUGAAUUUGACAGGUCCCCCUUUGCUUGAUUUUUUAGCUCUUUCUUUAUUUGGUUUAUACAAAAUUUAGUGGGACUAAUGAUAAUGAUACUUUGUUGUUUUUAUCUUUAAAAUUGUUUGUUACG